GUUCCAGAUGGUUCCUCUCUGAAUCCGGAAAAUUGACAGGCCUAGACCACGACCAACGGUUCGACGGAGAGCGGAUCUCUCGGCUACGAUCCAUUUUCGAUGCCUAGCGUCAGCCAGGCGCUUCCAUCAACACAGUAUAACCCGUACGCCGAAGAACAUAACGCUUUAGCGGGAGCCAGUGCGCCGUACUUCUCUGCUCCCAAUUCGUAUACAACCCCGUCACAGCCCCUUCAAUACCAUCUCUACUAUCCGAUCGCUUCCGCGCGAGAGACUUUGCAGCCCUACCAGCGACAGGUACAUGACUUGUUCAUUCCCGAGUCACUCCGGGAAGACCUUCAGAAAAAGUCCGAGGCGGCUAGACAAGUCCUCCCCAGUCAGCCCGGGGUACAGCUGCCCACCCUUCAACAUUACCACUCUCUCGUUCCUUUAGAUACAAAAAUUCGAGGCACAACUAGUACCUUCGGGCUUUCCAGCUGGGUAUUUAAAGCGACGUCUCGUAAGAACGGCAAUAUUUUUUGCCUGAGACGUAUCGAAGGAUUCCGCCUGACGAACGAGGAGGCAAUCAAGGCAGUGAACUCGUGGAAAAAGAUCAUACACCCAAAUAUAGUCACGACUAUAGAAGCGUUCACUACGAGGGACUUUAACGAUAGUUCUCUCGUAUUUGUACACAACUAUCACCCAUUGGCAAAGACUUUGGCAGAGCACCACUUCCCCAGUAACCGAUAUGGCCGUGCAGCUCCCGUAUCGGAGAAGGUACUGUGGGGAUAUCUAGUCCAGCUUGCCAGCGCGCUCAAGGCGAUUCACAAAGCGAAGCUAGCGGCACGAUGCAUCGAUCCUAGCAAGGUGGUGCUAACAGAUAGAAACCGAGUCAGGCUCAGUGCGUGUUCGAUCCUAGACGUGCUGCACUUUGAGGUACCUCGUCGAGUGGAAGAUUUACAACAGGACGACUUCAUUAAUUUGGGCCGGCUUGUGUUAAGCAUCGCAACCAAUACGCCCACACGAAAUCUCGGCGAUAUGCGGCUACCUUUAGAGCAGCUAGGUAGGACAUACUCCCUGGAGCUGAAAGAAAGAAUAUCUUGGCUCCUCUGCCCGCCACAAACUCUAGCCGGGAAGACAGCGGAACAUUUGGUCUAUGAUCUCGCCCAGCACGCAGACGACAUGCUAGUGGCGUCGUUCAACGCCCACGAUGAGAAUAUCGCACACCUGAGCAAGGAACUCGAAAACGGCAGACUAGUGCGAUUGAUGGCAAAGCUGGGCUCCAUUAACGAACGGCCCGAAUUCGACAACGAUCCUAGCUGGGCCGAAACUUCAGAACGCUACACUCUAAAGCUGUUUCGGGACUACGUCUUCCAUCAAGUUGACGCCCAAGGAAACCCAGUUGUAGAUCUAGGGCACAUCAUGAGUUGCCUCAAUAAGCUAGAUGCCGGCAUCGACGAGAAGAUUUACCUUACAAGUAGGGAUCACCAGUCGACAUUUGUAGUCUCAUACAAGGAAUUGAAGAAGCAAGUCCAGGGGGCCUUUGGCGACCUACUUAAGGCGAAUAACAAACAGCAGGCAAAUCGAAGCUACUAGGAUGGUCAGGCGGCUGCCGUACGCGUGGGGUCGGCAGAUCAGUCCCUGUCAGCCCUCGACACAGAAUCCACAUCUCA